GUUUUGCUUUAAAGUUACAAGUUAAUUUAGAUAAAAAUAUACAUUUGUGGAACUGGUACAACAACACAUUUGGUCAAUUUGUGGCUUCACUCUGUGCAGAGGAUGCCAACGGACUGUAUCUAGCAGUUCUUGGUGAAUUUGGCAAAAAGUUGAGGCUAAUUUUGUUACCAGGCUGUGUUCAAUUCAAUCUCUCCGGAAGAGACUAAAGUCUAUAGACCUCAUUUGCAAGCUUCUGGAAGAGACGUUGAGUGGAACCCAGCCGAUAAUUUUCUAUUGUGUACAUUUAACCAAACAGUCGUUGUUGAAUUUCACAAAGAGUCGAGGCUGAUUUUGUCAACAGGGUGUGUUCAAUCCCUCCAGAGCAGGUUGUGUGUGUGGCCCCAAUCUCGUUUGAUUUCACAAAGGGCUGAUUCUGCCAUCAGAGUGUGUUCGAUUCAAUCUAUCCAGAAGAGACUGAGGGCGUGACCUCAUUUUGCAAAUCAUGCGAGUUUUCGUUACCAAAGAUCGGAAAGUUCGAGUGGAAUGGCCGUUUGUCUCAACUGCUUCGAGAUACGAUGUGUCUUUGGUCAGAAAGCAUGACGGCCAUGUAGAAUACAGAAAGGACACCAAAUAUACUUCUUUUGAAUUUUCAUUACAACUUGAAUCAAUCGAUAUGUACUACUGCAAAGUUGUAGCUUUUGACGAGUACCUAAAGGAAAUUAGCUACCAAGAGUCAAAUAUUUCUCCAUAUAAACCUGAUGCUGAUUCGAUGAAGGCUGUUUUUGAGAACGGACAAAUAAAAGUUGAUUGGGCGGCAAAACCGAGCGCCGUGAGUUACGUCGUUGCAAUUGUUAAUGCCGAUAAAAAACAACAGAUUUCGGAAAAGGUCACAAGUAAAUUAUCGCAUGUUUUUCCUCCGGAAGCAAGCGAUGGCUCAACUUAUUAUUGCACAGUGAUCCCAUUAGACAGUGAAAACAAGGAAAUCGGUCGCAGAAAAGCUUCCAACAACAUAUCAACUGCGCUAACUGCCGACCCCGAGAUCAGCAUAAAACAUCACGAUGAAACACUUCAUGUGAGAUGGGAACUUGAUUCCAAGUUCAAAGAAUUUGAUGUCAAGUUAUACAAUAAAGCAAAAGGAUGGCAACCUCGCAUAAGGGCUGUUGAACAAAAAUCCUCUGCCAUUUUCAAGCCUAUUGAUGGUAGUGGUACAUACUAUUGUACUGUGACCCCAACAGCUGAUGGCAAAAGUGUGGGAAGAACAUAUAAUUCCGAACACGUCGAUGUUUUGACAGGUAAUAAAACUGAAGUUUCUGGAGUGAAAGCUUGUGGUGAUCCUAAGGAUCCAUUUUGCAUUAAUCUUACUUGGAAUUCUCCUGAAGUAACACCAAAAGAAUAUCUUGUUGAUAUAUUUGGAAAUGAACAAAAACAAUAUCAUUCCAAACGCACAAACUUUUCAGCUGAUAAUUUGGAGAUUGAUAAAGAGUAUGGCUUUAUAGUAACUGCGAAGUACGACAAACACGAAGGACUGCCAAGUCAAAAAGUAUUUUCCAAAACACCUACAAGUCGAGACACAUGUGUUCAUGACAUUGAGACAAAUUUUGCAUCCGACGACCCAUUUGAAAUUGGUGUGGAAUGGAAGAAGCCUAUGAUUAAAUGUUUGAGAUAUCGAGUUAGUGUUUACAAUUAUGAAGAUGACAGAUUGAUCUACGUCCCUAUAACAGUAAAAAAAAUUAGCACAACCUUUCAAUUGAUAGAUCUCAAUCUAUUGUGCUAUAUUAAGGUGGAAUGUUUGUACCCAAGAGGAAUAUAUGGAGUUUCAGCUAAGUCAAGUACAAUUACUCCAUUAUCUAAUGAUAUAUGCAAAAAAACAAUUCCAAACUUGCAAAAUCCGACGAUGAGUGCAGACGAUCCCUUUGUAAUUAGAUUGCAGUGGCAUGAAUCAGAUCUGGCUCCUAAAAAGUAUCUGAUACAAACAAUAAAAAAUGGAAAAUUAUUAAACGAUGAAGAGUCAAUUUUUAGGAAGAGAGAACUUAAAAUUUAUUGUGGCGUACAAAUGAUUGGAUCAACGUACCAGUUUAUGGUAACCGGUAUUUUUGAGAACUAUUGCAGAGGAAUAUCUGCUAUUUCUACAGAAAUUGACACUGCCAAAUAUGACUUCACUUCGGUAAGGAAUUUGCAGGCCGGUAGAGAUGAACGGAAUCCAUUUCACAUUGCUCUGAAAUGGGAUCCUCCGAAAUGUCCUCCUAUGUCAUAUACUAUCAACCUGUACAAGGACGAUGUGAUAGUGAGGUCAAUAAAAGAAAGGCAAAAAUGUGACGCUUUAUUCUCAAACUUGGAAGAAAACACAGCCUAUUCGUGUUCUGUUAUUGGCAUUUAUAGGAAGCAAAAGCAUGGAACUGAAAUUAAAUCAAGUGUAAUGAGUACUGCAAAUAAAAUGGAUACUGCACCGACUAAUUUUGAGGCUAUUGCUAGCAAUAAAAAUCCUUUCCAAGUUCGACUGCGUUGGGAUCCUCCAAUUGUAAAACCACCUGAAUAUAUUGUUCGUAUAUUUUGUGGCGAAACAAAAAUCAAUUCUCUGACGACAAAAAAAAACGAAGCAGUCUUUGGGGGCUUGAAACAAAACACAGAAUAUUUUUGCACUGUUGUUGGGAUGUUUGAAGGGUUCAAAAAUGACUUCAUUAUGAUCAGAAAGUCAGAUAUAGUCACUACUGGCGAUGAUAAAAUGCUUGCUCCUAUAAGCUUGAGAUGGGUACCAAGUAAUCGGGAAGUUACUAUCACUUGGGAUCUGCCAGAUAACCAUUGUCAACUUAUGGAGUACAUAUGCCAAUUACUAGAAGAGGAGAAACCGUUCACUACAAAAACAGUCAUAAUAGAUUCUGUAUCAUUUUCCGAACUUCGCAAUGGAUACAAUUACAGAUGUAUAAUUACUGCCGUGUAUAAGAAUGCUCACAAAGCACAUACAACAUUGGAUCAUGUUAGAAUUAAUACGCAAAGAAACAAAAGUUUCAACAUUGGACAAAAAGGUAAACCUAUAAAUAUCAGCUGCAAAGCAUCAGCAAAAGACAACACACUUUUGCUCCUGGUCAAAUGGGAAAAUGGUGACAUUGGCCAAGAAGCUGUCAAUUUCAAAAAAAUGAAAUCUACAAUCAAACUUUUUAAGCGAGACUUAGAUAAAGUAGGAACGGCAGACGAUAACUGGGAAAUGCAAGAUUUUCUGGAAGUGGAAUACAGCAUCACAGAAUGUUCAUAUAAAAAUCUUUUAUACGGAAAGGAGUACAGAGUACAAAUUUCAACAAGAUAUAUGGACUUGGAUUCAAAAGGAGAAAAAAUUGCCGAGAAUUUCAAGCUUUUUUCAACAGGAGUUGACACAGCAAAAAAUCUCAAAAUCGAAUGGAAAAACAACCAAAUAAUAGCAAAAUGGGAUGAAGCUCUAGGAGCAAAAUCAUAUGAAUUGAACAUUUUUGACUGCGGAAUCAGGAAGAAAUAUCUGUCGUUUGCACCCACAACCAAUACGUGGACUUUCAAUAUGACUGCAAAUUGUCGAUACGGGCAAAAUCGAAAUUUUCAACUCAUUGGGAAAUGUCUAGAUACAGCAUCAGUACCUUCCGAGAAACAAGUCACAAUUGGUGGAAAUUAUGUUCCAACAAAUGUGGAACUGAAACCAUCUCCCGAUGAUACAAAUCGACAAUUGUCUGCAUCAUGGACUGCUCCUGUGGAGAUUCCAUUGAAAUAUUACAUUCAGCUAAUCGAAGAUAAUCAAAUUGUCGAUAAAAUAGAAACAGAAGAAACAACCUUUACUUUUACUGGCCUCAAACCAGGAUCAGUGUAUACUUAUAAUAUAUCUGCAUAUUAUGCCAAUUUUGAAGAUACAGUAAGGGUGUGGUCCAACAACUGCUUCACAACCAGAGAACUACCGAAGAUUCACUCAUGUACUUGGGAACAAGGUAUUGUGACAUUUUCUUGGAAUUCCGUCAAGGGUGCAAAUUAUUACACUAUUUGCCUUAUGGACGAACAUUUGGAAGAAACCAUUAUUUCAAACCAAAAAGUUGACCACGAAUCAGUUUACAGAGCUGAAAUGAUGGGAGAAUUAAGAAUGGGGAAAUCAUGCAUGAUGAAAGUGACAGUUUAUGAUGAAAUUGGUCAAUCAGUGAGUACCGACUGGACGCCACAGCGAAUCGGUGAUCCCAAAGCCCCUAGAAAUGUUAAAGCAACAAAGAAUCGACAAAUAUCUCGUCGAUGCAUGAAUAUCAAGUUUGACCGUCCGAUUUAUGACAAAAGCCCUUCAAAAUAUCGAGUUGAGGCGAUACCAAAUACUGGGAGAAUAAAGGCAAUGGUAUUCAGUUCUGAAGAUCAGAUCAUUUUUACUCAUUUGCGUAGAGGUACAGAAUAUACUUUCGUUGUGUAUGCUGUAUAUGAAGGAGAAGAAAGUGAAGGAAGCCUUUCGAAUAUUGUUAGUAUUUCUGGAGAACCGCAUUAUGAAUUUUCAACAAUGAAAUUCAAUCAAAUGCAAGGUGGCAACUUUAAAAUUGGCACUGUACAUGCUCCAGGAGAAGUAAAUAUCACUCAUAAUCAUCCUGAUGGUCCCUUUGGCACACCACUAGAUAUAAAAUACGAGAUUACAAGUACUCAAAAAAAUUGUGAAGAGUGCGAGAUUUCUUGGCAACCACCUUCAUUUAAUCAGAGAAGAAACGAUUUCAAAAUUUAUCACUUCAAUAUUCGAUUGGAGCGCCAGGAUGGUUAUGUUGUGAAUGUGAAAAAAACAUUUUCAGAGAAAGAAAUGACUUACGACAUUAGAUUUACUCUAGAAAAAGGGUGGGAAUAUGAUGCAUACAUUUCAACAGUAUUUGAAGAUAUUGACAGAGAUGAGGAUUACAUUUCACCACCAGUAUCGCUUCACAUCUACACACAUCCUGAAAGAGUCGAAUUGCAGCAAAAUUUGUGGGAGGAUAAUACAUUGAUAUUAAAAUGGAACAUUGCCAGAGGAGCUCAGAAAUAUCGAGUCGUUAUAUGCGACGAAGACAAUGAACUUCUUAAUGAUUCACCCUACUUAACAGACACUGAUUAUUUAUGGAAGUUCAAUAAUUCCUUUUUUGGAAAUGCCUACAAAGCCAUUAUUUAUGCUAUUGGAAAAAACAUGAUGGAAUCUAAAUAUGAUUCAGAACUCACUAUAUUAGGUGGAGACAAAGUUCCAAAACAAGUAACCGCAAAACUUGCUAAAGACAGCGAGUCUUAUAAGCAAGCUGAAAUUUACUGGGAGGAACCGACAAUAAAACCCCAAACAUACAUUAUUGUAGCUGUACCUGAACUUGGUGAGGAAAUUGAGAGUGAGCCGAUUAAUGGAACAAAUUACUUAUUUGAUGGGCUUAUGGCUGGAACCAAAUAUGAAUUCAAAGUUUUUUCAGUAGAUGAAAACAGCAAAAGAAGUCUUGGUUCAUCCAGUGGUACAAUAGAGACAAAGCCAAAUCCAAACAUGGUAAAAGGAGUCAAAAUAAGCGACAGAACAGAACAAGGAUUUUGUGUGAUCUGGAAUGAGAUGAAGAUGAUUGAAGCACUUGGACAAAUUCAGUAUGAAUUAAAAAUAACAACUCAAAUGCCGUUCAUGGAAAUUACACGAAGAACUACUGACCCACAAUAUUACAUUAGUGGAUUGUGUUCAGGCAAAAAAUACUCUGUUAAAGUUAGAGCAAUUAAUGAGAAAGGAAUAGGUGAAUAUUCAACGAAGUGCUUGACAAUGACAGAAUAUGGAAAACCAAGUGAUAUUAUCAUGAAACUCUCAGAACCACCUGCUUCAGCCAUUGAAAUAAAAUUUGUUCAAGCUCCUGAUGAACCAAGUGAUUACAACAUACAAAUAUUGAAAGUUCAACGUAAUAGGGAUAUGCCUAUAUUGGAAGGUUUGCUGUUUAAUAACAAUGUGGAAGAUACAAAAAAACAAAGACCAAGCAUUAAAAAGCAGACUGCUGAUGGCCGAUGGCAUAUUUUUGUUGUUAGUGGUCUUCAACCCAACACGCAAUAUAAAGCAGCAUUACAAGCACAAUAUGGAGAAAAUAUGGGGGGAAAAGUAUGCACCAUAUCAGCUGUGUUAACAGCUUCCUCUAAACCGGCAAAACCCAAUGUGGAGUUGUGUAAAGAUGAAAAUGGAUACAGUUGCAGGGACGUGUAUAUUGACUUUGGUAAUCACGAAGACUGCAUGAGUCACCAAAUUUUGGUAAAAACAAGCCAAGAUGUUGAGGAGUCUCAAGUUACAAUUGACAAACUAGAGAUCUACGAAUGUUCUUGUAAACAUGAGGCAGGAAAAUAUUUUUUUCAAAUUCGUUGUCAAAAUCUGUCCGAACGAUUUAGUGAAUGGUCCGAUAAAACUAUGCUGCAACUAGCACCCCUCCCACUGACUGGAGUGAAAAGUGAAACAGAUGGGGAAUAUAUUAAGAUAAUUUGGAAUGAGCCAACUCGUAAAGUAUCUCAAUUUAUAGUAACGGCACAACUAAAAGAGGAAUCACAGAGUGCAGAUAAUAAACUGAGUUUCAAAGUGCACGAUCAAUCGUUUGUGUCAUUUUCUCCUCACUUUCCCGCUGCGGAGUACAUUGUCAGCGUUCAUGCUGAAGUAUAUUCACCCCAGUCAAAGAACAUUGCUGGAAAAUCUGUUACUUUACAAGACGUUAUAUCGAAACCUGCUAUUCCUCAACCACCACAAUUUAUACCCGAUGGUACAAAAAUAGUGAUGAAUUUUAGAAAUUAUAGCGAUGUAUGUGAUGAACGUGAAGUUGAAGUUAGCAACAGAGAAGAUCAAUCAAUCUUCAUAAGGCUCAACGCAGACCAAACAGUUUACGUUUAUGACAAUAAAUUAUCUGCUGGAAUGGAAUAUUUUGUUCGUGUGAGGAAUAUAUAUAAAAACGUUAAAGGAGAUUGGUCAGAUCCACAGGCAGUUCUACUAGUCCCAGGAAGAGUUCAAAAUAUACAAGUUGAAAUUUUCAAAUUCAAAAUGAAAGUUAAAUGGGAUGAUCUAUUGCUGAAAAAUAUAAAUUACAAAGCAACAAUUUUGGAUGAUAAAAAUCAAGAAAUGGAUUCAUACAGUGGUUCAACAUCUUCUUGGAAUUCCGAAAAGCAACUUUUACCGGGAAGUAGUUAUUGUUGUAAAGUUGUGGCAUUUAAUUCCGCCGGCGAAGGACCAAGUGAGGCUUCAGUCAAACAAAAAACAAGCUGGAUUCAUCCAACUGAUAUUGAAGUUACUAAAGAUGUCAAACAGCCUUCAAAGAGUGUAAAACUAGUAUGGGAGAAUCCUGCCGGAGUUAAUUGCUUCAAAUUGAAAAUUGAUAAACAGGAAAUAUCACUAACUGAGAAUUACUACUAUUUUGACCACGGAAAACCUGGACAUACUUACACAGCACAACUGUUUUGCGGAUUUGAUAAAAAAUACGACAACAAAUGCAUCACCAAAAGAUUUACCAUGAGCCCUCCACCCCCUAAAACUGUGAAAGUUACUCCGAGGACUGGUGAGAAAUGCGAACUUACAGUUGUGCUCGAUACCACUGACACUGCACACUGUAAAUACGAAAUAUGUGUGUAUGAGUUACCAGAGACUCAGAGUACCUUUAUGGUUGUCGGUGAAGUAACUACUCAAUGUACGGUGAUAGGAGGAAAUCUCAAACCCCUGCACGAAUAUGUUGUUGGCGUCAAAUCAUAUGAUGAAACUGAAGGGUUAAAACAUUAUAGCAGUGAAACAUUUUCUGAGCCAGUUUUGACUUUGCCUGGAAAAGUUUCUCAAAAUCCUAACGAACAUGUUGAUCGAGAUGAAGUCGUUAGUACCAAUUCCUGUGCCGAUGUACAAUCAGCAUCAAACCAGUCAAUGACAGAUCAUAUAAAAAACCAUCAAUCUUAUAACCAUCCGGUAUCGCCAAGCAGAAAGAAAUCAGUUGUUAUGGUGUUCUGCAUGGAAUGUGAAAAUGGCCUUGGGGAAAAAUCGAAAUAUUACAUCAACAAUAGCUUGAAAGCAGUACAAAAAGACAUUAAUAAACUCAUAUGGGAUCAUAUCAAAGAAUCAAAACACUUAAAAGAAAAUAUAAAAAUAUCAGAAGGAAUAUCAAUUAAAGAAGAUCUAUUUUACUUCCCUAAACAUCCGCUAAAAAAAGGCUACAAAGUUUAUUAUGGAUAUAAAUUAGACGCGGCAAAAGGGAAUGAAGUGGUGGUGAAAAUAAUAGAAGACUACGAGGAAGAAACUGAAAGGGAAGUCGAAGGCUUAAAGGAUAUUGCUCAUCAUGAAAAUGUAGUAUCAUACAUCGACUCGGGAUAUUUCGAAGAUGGAAACAAAACCGCAGUAUACAUAGUGUUAGAAAAGUGCAAAAGGCAAACAUUAUCCGAUAUCAUAGACAAGAAAAAGUCGGAGAAAAAUAUAAAUUUAGUAUCCAUGGAAAAAGAUGGAUUAGCGAAGAAAGUAAAUAUAUUAAGAGGAAUCGCUUGUGGACUACGACACAUUCAUGAUCAGCAUAUUGUUCAUCGAGACAUAAAGCCUAGUAACAUAUUAUUUAGAAAUGAAACAAUUGUUGUGUCUGACUUGGGUUUGUGUAAAAAAAUACAACCUGAUAAAUCGAAUACCGCAAGUAGGUCUAACAUUGGUACCUUUGGAUGGAUGUCUCCUGAACUACAAGGCGAUGAAGAAAAAUCAGAAAAGCAAACAUUCUCUGAUAAAUCAGACGUUUUUUCGUUUGCUCUUGUGUUUUGUUUUCUAUUGACCGAUGGCUGUCAUCCUUAUGGGUAUGACAAAAGAGGAAAUUUUUCCAAUAAUCAAGGUGACUGGAGUUACAAUAUCAGAAAUGGAGAUGCCCCAAAACUUGGCUUCCUUGAUGAUGACCGAGUAAUUGAUUGUAGAAUUUUUCACGAUAUUAUUGAAAAGAUGCUUCAAACAGAGAAAAGAGAACGUCCCACAAUGGAUUAUGUUAUCAAGCAUCCAGUUUUCUGGAACGAACGGCAAAAGCUGGAGUUCUUUUCUAAUGUUGUUAAAUACAUGGAAUUGACAAAAACUGACAAACAAGGUUGCACAUAUCCAGACGAUGUCGUGAACUUGAAUGAGAACGUCAACUCCGAUCUUAAGGAACUUCUGCCUUGGAAAAAUAAACUAGAAUUAAAUGAGGAAGAAAUCGAGGAGUUCAAAUCGUCUGAUGAUUUGGAGACGAACAAUGUUACUUCUGACUCUCUCACCAAAUUGGUUCGCAAUUCCUAUAACACUGAGUUGGUAUCACACCUCGUAAAAUUUAUCAGAAACCGAUAUACUCAUGAUCACGACAAGGAAACUUAUGAACCAUUCAAAACGGAUUAUAAACACUUAUAUAAUUUUUUUGCUUUGCGUUUUCCUCCUUUGUUUAUAUAUGUUUAUAAGAGAUUUGAAGAGCACUUUACAUCUGGUGAUAAAGCAUACUCUGAGUCAGCUGUAGCUCGUUAUUUUGAAUUCAGUUGGAAAAGAAAAACGCGCUAAACAUAAGAGCAUAAAAAUUUUCUCAUCAUUGCAGCAACAGAAAUGAAGUAAAUUUUUUUUCUAAAUACAGGACUGAUCAAAUGUCCGAAUGAAGAAUGCUUUGUUUGCUUUCAUCGACUGCAAAUGUAUAUGGAAAUGUUGCAGACUUAUGGGAUGCUUUUUUAUACGUUACUGUCUUGCUGAGAAACAUAUGUGUAUGAGUUUCUUUAGGAUUCGAAAAAUUCAUAUAUAUAUAAAUAAAUAUAUGUUCAAUAGCAUUUAUUUCUAACCAAAUUUGGUGCCUGUUUGUUACAGAAAGUAUGAUAUAAAUUAUACUGAAAUUUUGAUUGAUAAUCAAAAACGCUCAAGAAAAUUUAUUGAAUAAAUCUGUGCAUAUCCGAGCAUUUUACUUUAUUAACUUUUGCUCUAGUGGUUCAACCUAUCAUUAUGUUCACUAGAUACAAAAUGACAAAAUGGUGGACAUGCAUUUUUCUAUUUUAUUCUUCCUAUAACGAGUACUUGAUAACGGCAAAAUCUGUACUCGAGUAUAACAUUUUUCAUUUAACUGUUGCUGUAGUGUUAUUUUACAAUGAAAACUGAAGAAAUUUUUUUUUUUCAUGUUAUUGUCAACUUUAGAGGACUCCGAUUUUUAAUCUAUGUUAUCAAUAAUGCUGAUUGUUUUCUUUUUAGUUUAUGCUACUGUUGAAUUGUGCAUUUAACAGAGUUCACAUAGAUUUCUAGAAUUUAUAAGCCUGUAUUGGAAUUCUAAAAUACAGUUAUCAUAUAUUAUUACUUUUAUUUUAAUACUGACUCUUUUAUUUGUUUUUAGUUUUUCAAUUCUUUGUUUCAUUCAUUUUAAUAUGCAAAAUUCCUAAUACCUUAUAACAUUUACGCUACAGCUAUCAUCCAAACUUUCCAAUCAAUUAAAACCUUAAAAGAUUCAUGUUUUGAACUGAUUUUUGACAACAAUACUGUCGUGUAAAUUUGUUUCUAAUCAACCUUUGACCUCUGAUCUUACAUCUGUUGUCAGAUUCAUAAAUGUGUUUUGAAUAUGUCUCUUAUAAUUUUUUUCAAAUAUACUGGUAUACCCAGAUAUGUAAAUACAAGGUAGUCCAUUCAGGUUUUAUUGUAUGUUAUUGGAUAUUUGUUUAUUUGUGAUUUGUGAUUUUCAUUUUGUGAUUUGUGAUAUAAUUUCCACGUCAAAUGAAAAAGGAUUUUUAUUAGGUUCCAAUUGCAGCUAAAUUUCAUGCUUAUUUUGAAAUAUUAACUUGGAAAUUUUAAGUUUCAUAUCAAAGGUUCCAAGAGUUUGAACUAAU